AUGGAUAUGCCAAAGCAAAAGAGAUACAAGAAUCUACUUAAAGUAGCAAAUGCUGCAAAUUCUUCACAAGACAAGUCGGCAAUAGCUGCAAAUGCAUCCCAAGACAAGUUGGCAGCUGCAAAUUCAUCCCGAGACAAGUUGGCUGCAACUGCAAAUUCAUUCCGAGACAAAUCAGUAACUACUACAUCUAAAAAUUCAUCUCAUGACAAGUCAAUAGCUACUAGAAAUGCUUCACUAGAGAAAUCAGCAACUGCUACAUCUAGAAAUUCAUCUUCAUCACAGACCUUGUAUUAUUCCAAGCCAUCAUCAAUUGCUCCAACUACUUCUGAGCAUCCACCCGAAGCUAGACAUAAAUGCGGACGUGAGUCUAAGCAUUAUUGGACUAUUGAUGCCAUAGAUGAAUACGAAGUUAGUACACGCCUUCAUUUAUUAUUGAAGGAUGUGCAUAAUUUUCCAGAAGGUUUGCACAUAGUUGUCAAUUUUGAUAAACUACAUGCAACAAUAGGAGAAGCAAUUGGACUCCUUACAGGAGUUUGUGGGCAAUUGGCUACUGAUUGUGUAGCAUUUCCAAUCAAUUUUGAAAAGUGGUUAGCCAUUCUAGAGAGUAAAACCGAGAUCAUAAAUAAUGCACAAGAAGAUAUUGCUCCUUAUCAAUGGACUUUACUCGUAGAAUAUCGUCUUAAACCUGAAACUCAGGUCCCAGCGUGUGACUUCAUUAUUGAAGUACGUGACUCGCAAUUUUUGGGGCUCUUUGGCCUAAUUUUGGGAGUUACUGAAGCUAAAUUGAGGGCUAUAUGA